CGUGGGCGCCGCUCGGCCCCGGGGCCCGGGAGGGAGCGUGGUGAGCGGACGGCGGAGGGACAUGGCCCGGGGGCGCCGGCGCCACUGACGGGGCGGUGCUGCGAGUCGCCGAGGGCGCGCCGGGCCCUGGUGCCGGGGGCCGCCCGCCCGCCCGCCGCCUGCGCGCCCGCCCGUCCGCCCGCCCUCCGCGGCCGCCCGCCCUCCCCCCGCCCCGACUCACACUCACAGGCCGGGCAUUGAUGGUAAUGUAUGCGAGGAAACAGCAGAGACUCAGUGAUGGCUGUCACGACCGGAGGGGGGACUCGCAGCCUUACCAGGGGGGUGAUGUUUUACAGGCACUUAAAUAUUCAUCGAAGAGUCACCCCAGUAGUGGUGAUCACAGACAUGAGAAGAUGCGAGACGCCGCAGAUCCUUCACCACCAAAUAAAAUGUUGCGGAGAUCUGAUAGUCCUGAGAACAAAUAUAGUGACAGCACAGGUCACAAUAAGGCCAAAAAUGUGCAUACUCACAGAGUUAGAGAGAGGGAAGGUGGGACCAGUUACUCUCCACAAGAAAAUUCACACAACCACAGUGCUCUUCAUAGUUCAAAUUCACAUUCUUCUAAUCCAAGCAAUAACCCAAGCAAAACUUCAGAUGCACCUUAUGAUUCUGCAGAUGACUGGUCUGAACACAUUAGCUCUUCUGGGAAAAAAUACUACUACAAUUGUCGAACGGAAGUCUCACAGUGGGAAAAACCAAAAGAGUGGCUUGAAAGAGAACAGAGACAAAAAGAAGCAAACAAGAUGGCAGUUAAUAGCUUUCCAAAAGAUAGGGAUUACAGAAGAGAGGUGAUGCAAGCAGCAGCCACUAGUGGGUUUCCCAGUGGAAUGGAAGACAAGCAUUCCAGUGAUGCCAGUAGUUUGCUCCCACAGAAUAUUUUGUCUCAGACAAGCAGACACAAUGACAGAGACUACAGACUGCCAAGAGCAGAGACUCACAGUAGCUCUACGCCAGUACAGCACCCCAUCAAACCAGUGGUUCAUCCAACUGCUACCCCAAGCACUGUUCCUUCUAGUCCAUUUACGCUACAGUCUGAUCACCAGCCAAAGAAAUCAUUUGAUGCUAAUGGAGCAUCUACUUUAUCAAAACUGCCUACACCCACAUCUUCUGUCACUGCACAGAAAACAGAAAGAAAAGAGUCCACAUCAGGAGACAAAUCGGUAUCUCAUUCUUGCACAACUCCUUCCACGUCUUCUGCCUCUGGGCUGAACCCGACAUCUGCACCUCCAUCAUCUGCUUCAGCAGUACCUGUUUCUCCUGUUCCACAGUCUCCAAUACCUCCACUACUUCAGGAUCCAAAUCUUCUUAGACAAUUGCUUCCUGCCUUGCAAGCCACGCUGCAGCUUAAUAAUUCUAAUGUGGACAUAUCUAAAAUAAAUGAAGUUCUUACAGCUGCUGUGACACAAGCUUCGCUGCAGUCCAUAAUUCAUAAGUUUCUCACUGCUGGACCAUCUGCUUUCAACAUAACAUCUUUGAUUUCUCAAGCUGCUCAGCUCUCUACACAAGCCCAGCCAUCAAAUCAGUCUCCAAUGUCUUUAACGUCCGAUGCUUCAUCCCCAAGAUCCUAUGUAUCUCCAAGAAUAAGCACACCUCAGACUAACACGGUCCCCAUCAAACCUUUGAUUACUACUCCUCCUGUUGCAUCACAGCCAAAGGUUAGUACUCCAGUCGUUAAACAAGGACCAGUGUCACAGUCGGCCACCCAGCAGCCUGUAACUGUUGAUAAGCAACAGGGUCAUGAACCUGUCUCUCCUAGAAGUCUUCAGCGCUCAAGUCAGAGAAGUCCGUCACCUGGUCCAAAUCAUACUUCUUCUAUUAGUAAUGCAUCAAAUGCAACAGUUGUACCACAGAAUUCAUCUGCCCGACCUGCGUGUUCACUAACACCUACCCUAGCUGCACACUUCAAUGAAAAUCUGAUAAAACAUGUUCAAGGAUGGCCCGCAGAUCAUGCAGAGAAACAGGCUUCAAGAUUGCGUGAAGAAGCUCACAACAUGGGAAGUGUUCACAUGUCAGAAAUUUGUACUGAAUUAAAAAACUUAAGGUCUUUAGUCCGAGUAUGUGAAAUUCAAGCAACUUUGCGGGAGCAAAGGAUAUUAUUUUUGAGACAACAAAUUAAGGAACUUGAAAAGCUAAAAAAUCAGAAUUCCUUCAUGGUUUGAAGAUGUGAAUAAUUACACAUGCUUUUGAGUACAGGAACUGUAAGCCUGUUGCCCAGUCUUAACAUUUUUGAGCUGCAUUCAAGUAGACUUUGGACCGUUAAGCUGGGCAAAUGAAUUGACAAGGGGUCGGGGUCUGUCAGAGUCACUUCAGGGGAAGAUACAAGAUUGAUUUGUAAACCCUUGAAAUGUAGAUUUCUUGUAGAUGUAUUCUUCACGUUGUAAAUAUGUUUUGUAGAGUGAAGCCAUGGGAAGCCAUGUGUAACGGAGCUUAGACAUCCAAACUAAUCAAUGCUGAGGUGGCUAAAUACCUAGCCUUUUACAUGUAAACCUAUCUGCAAAAUUAGCUUUUUUUAAAAAAAAUUUGGGGGGUUAAUUUAUCAUUCAGAAAUCUUGCAUUUUCAAAAAUUCAGUGCAAGCGCCAGGCGAUCUGUGUCUAAGGAUACGAUUUUGAACCACAUGGGCAGUGUAUAAAAUAUCAUGAAACAACUGUUCCCACACUUGCACCUGAUCAAGAGCAGUGCUUCUCCAUUUGUUUUUGCAAGAAAUGUUGUUUUUUUCAUUUCCUGUGUGUUCCAUUUCCCUCUGAAAUCCUCAACUGAUUUUAUCCAUUUUUUAAGGCUCCCUUUUCUCCUUUCUUACGGCACUGUUGCUAUGGCACUUUUCUAUAACCUUUUCAUUCCUGUGUACAGUAGCUUAAAAUUGCAGUGAUUGAGCAUAACCCACGUUUGUAUAAAUUAUUGAAAUCCAUUUGCACCCUAUAAGAAUGGACUGAAGAGUACUGCUGGGCCUAUGUGCUGAAAGUGCAUUCAUUGCUCAAAUGUAAGGAAAUGGCCCAAUGACAUGGUUAUGGGAGGGGAAAAGGAAACAAAGCUAGUCAGAUGUGAAUUGUAUCUGUUGUAAUAAACUUGUUAAACAAACAAACAAUUGUUAUUUUUCUUUUCCUUCGGUCAGUGCACAUUAGAAUUUGAACUACCUGGGGAUCUUUUCUGAACUGUUCUUGUUGAAUAUUUAUAAUUCAUUGGAAUAAUUCUUUAAGGAAGGUUUUGUUUAAAGCAUUUUAACAGGAAAUUGUGUAUAAGAUGUUUAAUGAAAUGUGAAAUUCAACAAGAAUGAUUAAGUCAUUUCCCAAGUGGUUGUCAUUUGUUAAGCCCCAGUUUACCUGUCUUGCUAUUAUGACAUUUCAUUUUGAAGGAUGUUGUGUUGUAGCUAACUGUUCAAGUCUGGUGCUGACUGCUGUUCUAGCCAUCACAAAACGCUAAAUUUGUGGAAUUGGAGCUUCCUGCUGUUAUCUGGAAAUGGUGGGGAAGCUCAGCUUUGUAUAUUGUUUCCUAAAGUAUAUUAAAAUAAAAAAGAAACUAUUGCUACUAUAAAGUUA